AUGAAUCGAAUAUACAAAUUCCUCAAAAAUCACCGCCCUCGCGUUCGAUUCCUGACCCUCCACUACGCCUACUUCACAACAACAUGCUUCAUCGGCUCCAUCAUCCUCUGGGCCUCCUCCCACCCGCUCGGCAGUCUGCGAUACAUCGAUGCGCUGUUUCUCGCCUUUAGCGCCAUGACCCUAACCGGUCUGAACACGGUCAAUUUAUCGACACUGAACCUUUUCCAGCAACUAUUGCUUCUCUUCUUGAUCAUGCUUGGCUCCACGAUAUGGGUGUCAAUCGCCGUUCUUCUGACUCGGCGCCGCGCCUUUGAAAGACGUUUUGGCGAUAUCAUUCGUGAACAGCGCCUGCGGCGAUGGAAGACGUCUGGCUCUUUGCGCGCUGGACUCAAUCGGUCCCUGACGCGAUCGCUGGGGCAGCUGGGCUCCUCCUCAACUAAUGUGGCCCAGGAAUCAGAAAAAGGCGAUGGGUUGCGGGCAACUGGAACCCUCGAUCGUCGACCGACAGGACGGCAUGACAGCGGCGUGGGUGAUGAAACUGUAGCGUCUGUUCUGGAAUCCACGCCGCGGCAUCUGGCUAGCUAUGAUGCAAAAGAGCACUUUUCCUUAUUGAACCGGGCAUCCACGGGCGAUAGGCGCCCCUCGUUUCUUCAUACUAUGAAUAGUGAUGAUGGAAACCAUGUUAAUUUCGCUGCCGACGUUAGGCCGCACGGGCGUCCGUCGAGUGCUUAUUCUCGAAUUAUACCGGCUGGUAGACGGUUAUCCAAAGAAAAUAUACGCCACUGCCGACAUCCAGAUCCCCAUAUGUGCCCAGAACAUGGACAUUUGUCGUUCCUCCGUCAUUUCGGACGCAAUGCUACGGCCCCUGAGCUGACUGAUGAGGAGCGCGACAGACUCGGGGGUAUUGAGUACCGAGCUGUUUGCUUGUUGACGGUCAUUGUACCACUUUACUUUGUUUUGUGGCAGGUCAUAGGAGGUCUAGCAGUUGCUGCAUAUGUGGCCCGUAACAAGGCGGGAGUGACGGAGAGAAAUGGCAUGAAUCCAUGGUGGGCUGGCUUCUUCUUUGGCAUAUCUGCCUUUAACAACUCGGGGAUGAGUCUGGUAGACGCGAAUAUGGUGCCGUUUCGCUCGUCGAUAUUCAUGCUCAUCACGAUGGGGCUGCUGAUUCUCGCGGGUAAUACCUGCUACCCGAUCUUCCUGCGCUGUAUCCUGUACGGGAUGAAGCAUCUCCUACCAAAGCACAAGUAUUUCAGAGAAAUGCGUGCAACCCUCCGGUUCGUACUCAAGUACCCGCGUCGGUGCUACACCAACCUCUUCCCUGCGCAGCAUACCUGGUGGCUGCUUUGCUUAGUGAUUGUGCUCAACGGGAUCGACUGGGCCGCCUUUGAAAUCCUCAACAUCGAUAACCCGGCCGUCACCUCGAUCCCCCUCGGCCCCCGCGUCCUCGACGGUCUCUUCCAAGCCCUCUGCGUCCGCAACAGCGGCUUCUUCAUCGCCAACAUCUCCACCCUCCAGCUCGGCAUGCAACUCAUCUACCUCGUCAUGAUGUACAUCUCCGUCUACCCCGUGGUCAUCACCAUGCGCAACUCCAACGUCUACGAGGAACGCAGCCUAGGCAUCUACGCCGACGACUCCGCGCGCUCGCAGCGCGCAUCCCGCUCCCCACCCGCCUCCCGCACCCGCCCCCGCGCCCCCAGCUCCAUCCCCAAGAAAUCGCCCUCGCGCCGCUUGUACUUCGUCCAGCAGCAGCUGCGCGCCCAGCUCGCCUACGAUCUCUGGUGGAUCGCCCUCGCCGUCAUCGUCAUCUGCAUCGUCGAGGCGGGCAACUUCACCCGCCAUCCGGUCACGUACUCCGCGUUCAACAUCAUCUUCGAGACCGUGAGUGCCUACGGCACCGUGGGUCUGAGCACCGGCCUGCCGGAUGAGACGUAUAGUUUCUCGGGUGGCUGGCAUACGCUGAGCAAGCUGGUGCUGUGUGCGGUGAUGCUGCGUGGUCGGCACCGCGGGUUGCCCGUGGCGAUUGAUAAGGCGAUUCUGUUGCCGGCGGAGCAUCUCAUGCUUGCGGAGCGGGAGGAUACGCGGAUCCGCCGCGACCGCACGAGGAGUUGGAAUCGCGGGAUGGUGUAG